GACCAUAACUUUUAACUCUAGUGUCAAGUGCCAUGGAAUCCUCAAAAUCUUCCGAAGAAGAAAACCAAGAGUCCUCUCCUUUCUCACAAACUGAUGAUCAGUACAAAGAUAUAAUCGCAACCAUUCCCAGAACCAAAGGUCUGGGCUUCAUCACCCCUGAUCUGUGUCUGUAUCAAGAUUUUUGGUACGAACCAAAGUUGUUAGAAGGAAUCAUGUCAGCCCAGCAACACUUCAAGCCUCAGUCUAAUGAUAUAAUCGUUAGCAGCUUCCCAAAAUCCGGCACAACGUGGCUUAAGGCACUUACGUUUUCUAUUGCAACACGAGCAAUAUUCUCCAAGACUACUACUAGUCCUUUAUUUAUUAAGCUACCACAUGUCUGCGUUCCUCAUUUGGACUUAUCGACCAAUCGAGAAACGGACGUCCCCAUUAUGGCAACACAUAUUCCCUACGAUUCCUUACCAAAUUCCAUCGUUGAUUCCGGCAACAAAAUUGUGUACAUAUGCAGAAAUCCCAAGGAUGUGUUUGUUUCUACUUGGCACUUCAUUCCCAAAGUAAUGCAGACGGGAUUCAAAUCAUUUCCUUUGGAGGAGGCUUUCGAGCUGUUUUGCAAUGGGCUUUGUGUUUAUGGUCCGUGGUGGGAGCACAAUUUAGGGUACUGGAAGGCUAGCCUUGAACUUCCUGAGAAGGUUUUGUUCUUGAAAUAUGACGAAAUGAGAAAAGAACCCCAACUCCACAUCAAGAGAUUGGCUGAAUUUAUGGGUUAUCCCUUCUCCAUGGAAGAAGACCAGAAUGGAGCGGUUCAAAAUAUUAUAAAUAUCUGCAGCUUUGAUCAUCUGAGUAAUUUGGAAGUGAACAGAAAUGGGAAGUGUUUUGAAGGCCCACCAGCGGUAAUUCCGAAUAGCGCGUUUUUUAGAAAAGGAAGUGUUGGAGAUUGGAAAAAUCAUUUGACAGUUGAAAUGGCGGCACGCUUUGACUCCAUAAUGGAUCUCAAGUUUAGUGGUUCAGGCCUGAACUGGACAUGAUCUUGUAUGUAAGCUGAGUUUGUAACAGCUGUGGUUGUAUUUCUAUUAUCUCUGUAUGCAUUUGUAUGUUUUAUCUGGAGAAAGCAACACACCUUGUG